ACGCCAUUUUGUCAGCUGUCGGUUGUUUGGUUUAGUUGUGGGUUGGUUGCUAAAAGUUUGUCUUUAUUUCUAUUGGGUUUGAAAAACGUAUUUUUUUGUUGUUUUUGUUCGUAUUUUCGUGUGUGUGUUCCUUUUGUUUGCGUUUGUUAAAAUGAGUGACACGGAAGACUUGACUGAUGAGGAGAGGAAUGGAAGGUCAACAUCACGAUCACGGAGCAGGAGUACAGCUGAACGUGCCAAGUCCAGAAGUCGAUCUGAGUCUCGUUCUAUAUCAAGGGCAUCAAACCUGUCAGGAUCACGGACAUCAUUCUCUAGAUCACGAUCAAGGUCCAGGUCGCGGUCAUGCUCUCGACGUCGCUCCAAAUACUAUUCAAGAUCUAGAUCUCACACUCGGUCCUACAGGAGGAGGCACAGGAGCCGAUCCUACUCGCCUGUGUACAGACGGCGGCGAAGCAACAGCCAUUCUCCUAUAUCGAGAAGACGACGUCAUAUUGGAAACAGGAGCAAUCCAAACCCUAAUAAUUGCCUAGGUGUGUUUGGCCUGAGCUUGUACACCACCGAACGGGAACUACGUGAAGUAUUUUCCCGAUAUGGACCACUUGCUGGAAUCAAUGUUGUCUAUGAUCAACGGACAGGAAGAUCAAGAGGAUUUGCUUUUGUCUACUUUGAAAAUGUUGAAGACUCUAAAGAAGCAAAAGAACGUGCUAAUGGAAUGGAGCUUGAUGGCCGACGCAUUAGGGUAGAUUACUCCAUUACAAAAAGACCCCACACUCCAACUCCAGGGAUCUACAUGGGCAGGCCAACAACCAGUGUUGGUUCUUCUCAUUACAAUGACUAUUACAGUGACCGAUAUGAUGAUCGGGAUUACAGCUACAGGAAACGUUCUCCUUCACCCUAUUACAGAAGAUACAGAUCUCGAUCUCGUUCUUACACACCCCGUCGCUACUGAUGGCACUUACCAAGUAUUUCCUACCAGUUUAAGAUGGAUGGGAACUUUUUCAAACCUACAGGGAGUUUUUUAAACUGAAAUGAGAAUUAUUGGGCAUUGUAGUGCUUUUUUAAAACACUUUUUAAUUAUUUUAAGCAAAGCCCUAUAAUCCGAAGUAGUCUCUCGUUUUAAGAUUUAGUUUUCUGAUGCCUCACUGAAUUGUUUUGCUUUCAUGGUGAGUGGGAGUCUGUCUUUUUAAUGGGAGACCUACAGCAGUAUUGUGUUGCGUUAAAUGUUAUUGCAGUCAUAUAAUUUUUGGUACCUAUGUACUUUGGGAUAUUAAGCAAGGUGUCAUGACUUUUUGUGCACAUUGUUUAAUUUGGCAUACUUUAUAAGGAAAGAUUCAGUUGUAAAGCUGCUUUAUGGAAGAAGUAAUGACAUGCAAUAAAUGUCUUAGACACAGAAUGUAUGACCUGAUUUCCUUAUGCUGAAUAGGUGGCUGUGGUGUUGCAGCUUGCUGAAAGUGCCAGUAUGGCAUUUGUGCAAGACAAACCUGUCAUGCAAUCUUCAUACCAUUCGCUGUUCAGUUGAUCAACAGUGGACAGAAUGGAGAGGAGUUAUCAUAAUGUGUUGAAAUAUUUUGUAUAAAUUUCAAAUGUCUAAUCCAAAAUGUCUGGCUGCACCUCCCCAACCCUUCACCGGUCUGUAGUUUUUGUCCAAAUAGCUGAGUGCCUUAGACCAAGAAGGUCCCAGAGUAAAUAUCUUCUGUAGACUUGAGCUGGGGUGAAAAUUUAAAUAACUCCUUAAUGUCACUAGUUUAAAGGUUGUGUGGUAAUGGGAUGGGAAAUCUGCAAAAGACUUUCCUCCUGUCUAUCCAGCAUCCUCAGCUGGAGUCUCUGGUGUUGAGGUUUGGGAUGAAAGGAACCGGACUUGGAUGAAUUUGUAAUAACCCACCUGUCAAUGGCAACUUGGGAAAGCAUUGGGUAUCUGUCAUGGAGAAGAAGGGAAAGAAUUAGCAAGAGCUGCAAAUGAAACUGCAUGAUUAAAUGAUUUCAUACAGUAUUGAAAAAGAAUGGGAAAAUUAAGCAAUCAUUUAUUUUGACUUUAAAUGUAAGAAUCGAAUGUUUGAGACAAAUCAUUAGAUGUAGAUUGGUGAUAUAGAAUAAAAAUUUAAGGCUCUGACAUUGCUUGCUUGAAAAGAUAUUUUAAAAUACUUAAGGUACUAUACAUUACCUGUUAAGAUGAUUCCACUUUUGGAAGUAUCCAAAAUUUGACGUCUCAUUCAUAAAUCCAAGGAAGGAAUUAUGAAGCUGCUUGCUUAGUGGAUAAUAUGUGAAACUUACUACCACACAGCAGUCAAGUGAUUGACAAAAGUACUUUUUAAAAGGGAGCUAGAUAAGUAUAAAUGUGAUAUGGUAGUAGGGGAAAUGUCAUGUGAAGUAUGAAUGAAUGCUGUAGGCCAUUUAGAUCAAAUUGUUUUUAUUUUGUACAUGUUUUUAAAAACUUGACAUUUACUCCUGUGGAUCUAAUAAGAAAAAAAACAUUGAAAAGCUUUAAUUUGGCAACCCAAGUCCAAUAUUUUUUAUCAGAAGAUGUGACUGUCACUUUGUUUAGAAUGCAAACUUUUAGUGUUAAUGUUAUCUGUCACCAACAUGGCAUGUGACAUUUAUAAGGUGAUUGUUGACUUCUGUCCAAAAGUCAUAAUGUGUAUUACUUUACCUGUAUGUGCUGAUCUUUAAGACAUGAAGAUCAGAUGAAUUUAUAGGCAUGUUUUGAUCUACAGUGCGUUAAAACUUUGGCUCAAGAAAUCCACUGACACAAGCUAACCUACUCAAUAAGAGUCUGCAGCUUAGGACAACUGAAAAGUAUGAUUUCAUGAAUGAUUGAAGUGUAUAAUUGUUACUAAUGUUUUUCACCUUUUUAAAUAACCUAUUUGUACUGUGCUAUGAACAGAUUCUUUGCCAGGGUUCAAUUUUCUUCCUCUGUCCUGGUUGGAAAGUAUGUGUCUCUUAAUGAUUUGUAAAACUAAAGCUGAAAUUAUGGAACAUGCAGUUGUGAAUUCACGGUGCCUUAAUCGUACAAAAUAGUCUCUAUUUAACAAUACAAAUAUGCUGACACACUUAAUAGUUGGACACCCAUUUGUAGGUUAGGUGAGGUCAUGAUUGGACUCACCCAUGUUUAUUGUAGGGUAGACUGCCCAAGGAACAUGAAAGAACACAGGCAAAGAAUGGGAGGGCCCCUUAUAUGAUCAUGACCAGCAUGAAUUGAUGUCUAAGAUGAAAGUUGACUGUCCCAGUUGCAGUUUUUGAUUAAAUUACAUUUGUAUUAUAAGACCAAGCUCCAACUACUGUAAUCAUGCACUGGCAUUCAAUGGAAGCUUUAUUCUGAAGUUCUGAAGAAUUCUACCAUAUAACUGGCUCAAAUGGAACAGGAUCCAAAUUAAUUGUUCCUUUAAUUUUUCUGAAGCUAUUAUGCAUUUGUUUGAGUUUGAACCUCUAUGUUCAUUUAUACUGUGCAAUGCACCGCUAAACUAUGGUGGGAAGGACUUGAUAAAGGACUGAUCCUUCAUGCGUGCUGCUAAUCUAUUGUGGGAAUGCUGUUUAUGAAGCAUUUAUAUGGUUGAAAUGUGAAUAUCUCAAAUGAGAAACAGUGGACAGACAAUUAGGUCUAUAGAGAUAUACAGCAUGGAAACAGACCCUUUGGUCAACCCAUCCAUGCCGAUCAGAUAUACUAAUCCAAUCCCA